AACUAGCUUACUGGACAAUAGACAUUUGGCCUCUGGCAUUGUUCUCUACAGUACACAAAGUACAGAGUGGAGGAUGGGAGAUUCUAGAAGCACCUGUACCUCUCUGCUCCCAUUCCCUUCCAUCCUAUUAGCACAGUCUGUCCUUGAAGUGCUCCCAGUUUUUGUUAAGAGCCUAUUUGGACCUCUACUCUCAAGUCUCCCCAUUUGCCCAGAGAGCUUCUUACUGACCUUCUUGGUGUCUUCCUCCUAUCCAUUCCCUCAAGUCUCCCUAAUAUUCCCUCAAAGGAGUUUUCUUGUUUUGAUACUGGAAUUUUCCUCCUACAGGUCUGCCAUAAUGCUGCUGCUGCAAAGAAAUAUGGUUCUGGGUCUUCGACAGGCCUGCAGACUCCAGUCAGCUCCCUCAAGGCUCUGCAUUCAGACCUGCUCUGCAAAUGAUUCAUUUCAGCUCCAGCGCCCCAACCUCACCUCUGGUGGUAACUCCAGCACUGGGGGAUGGAAAGUCAUGGGAACCUUGGUAGGCCUUGGUGCAGUGUUGGCCUAUCAUGACCAUCGAUGUAGGGCUGCUCAGGAUUCUCAACGUGUGUACACUAAGGAGGAAGUGAGUUCCCACAGCAACUCUGAGACUGGAAUCUGGGUAACUCUGGGCUCUGAGGUCUUUGAUGUCACAGAAUUUGUGGACAUACACCCAGGGGGAUCAUCAAAGCUGAUGCUAGCAGCUGGGGGUCCCCUAGAGCCCUUUUGGUCCCUCUAUGCUUUUCACAACCAGCCCCAUGUGCGUGAGUUACUGGCUCAAUAUAAGAUUGGGGAGCUGAACCCCAAAGACAAUGUAACCCCCACCUUGGAGACCUCUGACCCUUAUGCUAAUGAUCCUGUACGUCACCCAGCCCUGAAGGUGAACAGCCAGCGCCCCUUUAAUGCAGAGCCUCCCCCUGAGCUGCUGACAGAAAACUACAUCACACCCAACUCUAUCUUCUUCACUCGUAACCAUCUACCUGUGCCUAACCUGGACCCAGACACUUAUCGCUUACAUGUAGUAGGGGCACCUGGAAGUCAGUCCCUGUCCCUGUCCCUGGAUGACUUAUAUAAGUUUCCCAAACAUGAGAUCACAGUCACUCUGCAGUGUGCUGGCAACCGGCGCUCUGAGAUGACACAGGUCAAGGAAGUAAAAGGUCUGGAAUGGAAAACAGGGGCCAUUAGCACUGCACGCUGGUCUGGGGCACGGCUUUGUGAUGUAUUAGCCCAGGCUGGUCAUCGACUCUGUCAAACUGAGGCCCACGUGUGCUUUGAAGGACUGGACUCAGACCCCACAGGGACUGCCUAUGGAGCAUCUAUCCCUCUGGCUCGGGCCUUGGAUCCUGAAGCUGAGGUCCUGCUGGCAUAUGAGAUGAAUGGGCAGCCUCUACCUCGUGACCAUGGCUUUCCUGUGCGGGUCGUGGUUCCUGGUGUGGUGGGUGCUCGCCAUGUCAAAUGGCUGGGCAAAGUGAGUGUGGAGACAGAAGAAAGUCACAGUCAUUGGCAGCGGAGGGAUUACAAAGGCUUCUCUCCAUCUGUGGACUGGGACACUGUAGACUUUGACUCAGCUCCAUCUAUUCAGGAACUACCUGUCCAGUCAGCCAUCACAGAGCCUCAGGAUGGGGAGACUAUAGAACCAGGAGAAGUGACUAUCAAGGGUUAUGCAUGGAGUGGUGGUGGCAGGGCUGUGAUCCGGGUAGAUGUCUCUCUGGAUGGGGGACUAACUUGGCAGGCAGCUGAGUUGGAUGCAGAGGAACAGCGCCCUAGGAAGGCCUGGGCCUGGCGUCUAUGGCAGCUGCAAGCCUCUGUGCCAGCUGGACAAAAGGAAUUGAACAUUGUUUGUAAGGCUGUGGAUGAUAGCUACAAUGUGCAGCCAGACACCAUGGCCCCAAUCUGGAAUCUUCGAGGUGUGCUCAGCAAUGCCUGGCACCGUGUCCAUGUCCAUGUCGCCACAUGAAUGCGUGGAAUGGAGCCAUCCAUACCCCAGAGCCACCUUGACCCUUUCCUCACCCAUCCUUUGGUCUCACUGCCACAGAAAAACCUUUCCUUUCUCUCCACUUCUUGAAUCACAAUCCUGAACUGUGCCUUCCCAAGCCAUACCCAAGUUCACACAUAGCAUAUUUCCAUGCAAGGCACCCACCAUUCUUUGGCCUUCCUAGCCUCUGACUCUGUCCUAGGAGGUUAAAGCUAUUAGAGCAAGAGUCUAGAGGUAAGAAAAGUAACAGAGGGCUGGUGGAGUGGCUGAAGUGGUAGAAAGCCUGCCUAGCCCUGAGUUAAGCCUCAGUGCCACAAAAAAAAAAAAAAGUAACUCUGAAGACAAUUAUUUUCUCAUUCUACCCCAUCUCCACUCCAAAUGCCUAUUGCCAUCCAGGCCUUAUUUUGCUUUUCUUGUAUUCUUCAGAGAAUGUGUGUGGUUUGGGAAAGGAAGGUACAUACUUUCUGCUGCCACUUUGGUUGCCAAGGGGUUAUGAAGACAGACGGCAAAUAACUCAACCCUUCCCAUUUAUAGUUCUACUUUUUCUAAAUCAAUAAAGCAGCUGUUUAAGAUUAUGACUCUGGGCCUCUUGGGCCUGGGUUAUGAGCCUGUUGCAAAGAGGGGCACUACAUAACCUAAAAUCAAUAAGGGAGAGGAACAGUCGCUGGGAAGUCAAGGAGCGAGAGGCUUCCUUCUCUGAAAUCAGCUACUGCAGCACCGUGUGGGUAACUGACUUCGGGUUACGCCCAAAAAUGGGUUUUUUUUUUGGAUAAUCUCAGACUCUU